UAGAACUUGACCCUAGGAUCUGAAACGUAAGCUCCGCCGUUUGCUCCGGUGACAGCGCCGUCAAUGUGGCAGUAAAUGCUGGUUGGUGGUCGAAUUGUGUAGCAACUGGAGAAAAUCAUGGCCUACUGAACACCCUCUCCCCAUUCCCCUUUCCAUCCCACCCUCCAGGACUUGAAGCCGGCGACAGGCGAAACCCAUGGCGGCGGCGCAAAGUGCGGCGAUGUCGGCCGGAAUAUUCCAAAACGGACUGGAAUUUCUGCUAGAUCCAGUUGACAGGUUCCCGUUGACAGAGGUCACUGCCGAUGUUGAGCGGCCAGAUCCGUUGGUGCUGAUGGACGUCCGCCGCUCAGCACCUGCAACUGCAGACUCGUCGUGCGCGGUUGUUGUUGGCAACCUCGGCGGCUCUUCUGAACAGAACAGAACCGGCAGCAAGAGGAAGUGUUCCCCGACACAGUCGGCCGAGUCCACCGGGAAGGUGACCUCAGAGGCACCGGGAUGGACUAGAAGGUUGCGACUUGGGCGUGCACCUCCAAAUAGGAAACCCUUUGCUGGUAGAGUUACACCAUUGGAAGAGACUAUAAGGAGAUACGCGGACAAACCUACGGAAAAUGUAGUUAAACCUGAGAUUGGUAUGAGUUUUGAUUCGCUUGGAGAAGCAUAUGAUUUUUACAACUUGUACUCUUGGGAGCUUGGAUUUGGUAUAAGGUAUGGCAAGAGCCGUUUGAAUGCCGAGAAGACAAAAUGUAUGCAGAAAAUCGUAUGUGGCUGCUCGGGGAAACCAGAACAACAGAACAGCCGGUCUUGCAGAUGCGAGUGCCCUGCAAUGAUCGGAUUGCUAAAGGCUGCAGACAACGGAUGGUACAUUGCUGAGCACCGGGCAAGUCACAAUCAUUCCCUAUCUCUUACUUGCGGCGAAAAAGUUCAUUGGCCGUCUCACAAGCACAUAGAUGUGUACACAAAACAUCUGGUGAAGCAACUGCGGGCAAACAAUGUCAACCUCAACAAGGUUUACAGCAUCGUUGGCAGCUUCUUUGGUUCGUCACAAAGCGUGCCUUUCACAAAAAGGUCUCUGCGUCAUCUCUGUGGUAGAAUUAGUCGAGACCAGGCAGAUGAUGAUGUGAACAAAACCUUGGCUGUGUUCAAGGAGAUACAGCGGAAUUACCCGGAAUUCACGUACCGAGUCCAAGGUGAUGAGGAAAGUAGAAUAAAAAAAUCUAAUGUGGACGAAUAGGAACAGCAAGUUGCAGUACAGGUUCUUUGGUGAUGCCAUCACAUUCGAUAUGACGUACCGGACAAACUUGUAUGAGAUGCCCUUUCGUUUGUUCGUUGGUGUGAACAAUCACUUCCAGAGCAUUAUACUUGCGGGGGUCCUUAUGCGUGAUGAGCAGGUCGAGAGUUUCCCGUGGGUGUUUUCUGAGUUUGUGAACAUGAUGGGGGGUAAACAUCCACAAACUAUAUUAAUGGCCAAGCAAGAGCCAUGGAGGUAGCAAUAAAAAGCGAGCUCCCUGGGACUGUGCACAGAUGGUGCAAGUGGCACAUUCUAAAGAAAGCAAAAGAGAACCUUGGCCCACUGUACACAAGGAAGAGUGAGUUUAGAGCCGAAUUCCACAAAGUGGUGAAUCACAUGAUAAGUGUGGAUGAAUUUGAGACUGCUUGGGGUAUACUUGUUGACAAAUAUAAUCUAAAGUCCCACAAUUACAUGACAAACCUGUAUGAGAUACGUGACAAGUGGGCGAAGCCAUACUUCAAAGGUGUCUUCUGCGCCAAAAUGACGAGCACCCAGCGAAGCGAGAGUGCGAAUAACUUGCUGAAAAUGUACAUGCCGCCAUCAAGCCCAAUGCACGUGUUUGUGAAGCAAUACACGAGGCUUCAAUUUGACAGGGAAUCAGAUGAGAGCUAUGAAGAGAAAAGGACAAGAGUUAGUGGCGCUGUAAUGCGGACAAACAUUGCUAUCGAGAGGCGCGCGAGUAAAAUAUAUACGAGAAAGAUGUUUGAACAAUUUGGUGAGAACCUCUUCGAGGGUGGUUCAUACCAAGUCGAAGAAGUGGAGAAGAAAAACAAAUAUAUCGCAAGGCACAACAAUGCUGAGAAACUAGAAAAGUGGAGCAAGGUCGAAUACGAGGUGACCAUAUCAGAUAACGGUGAUUGGUUCAAUUGUGAGUGUGGGCAGUUUGCUCACAUGGGCAUGCUGUGCUGCCACGCUCUAAAGGUUAUGGACCACAUUGGUGUGCAAGAGAUACCCAAGUGCCACAUAUUAAAAAGGUGGACAAAAGAUGCUAGGGACAUCUUGCCGCAACACAUUGCUCAUUUUCAAAAGGACCUAGCUGCUACUCAAUCGUUUACCUGUCGGAGCUCAACCCUGUACCUGCAUGCUAUGGAAUUGGUGAGGAUUGGAGACUCGUCAGUCGCUGCCUACGAGCUUGUACUAGGGAGGAUCAAAGAAUUAUUCCUGGAGGCCUCUCCGUUAACGGAAAAAAGGGAUGGUCUUGGAAUUGAAGAUAGGAUAGCUGCUGAAGCAAAUAUGAAGAACAAUGGCUCAGCUGUAGCAACCCUGAACGUUGAUGCAGAAUUGUUUGAAAACGAUAACAGCAUGACAGCAUCUGGCAAUUGGGAUGCACUUGCUGGUCUGUCAGCUCCCAGCAAGAAGAGAGGUGUGGGCCGGCCGUGUUCAAGCAGAGAGAGCGCCGUAUGAAGGAUUGUGCAAGCGUACGAGGUUCUGCAGUAUAUGCAAGCUCCCAGGACAUAAGAGGACCACCUGCCCCGACAGGGGUGAUGUACCAAAACAACCUCGGAAACCAGUUACCUGCAAGAACUGCGGUGUGGUGGGACACCGGCGUACCUCCUGCACGAGGCCUCUUGUGCCGAAUGCAUUUUAAACAUUUUUUUGUUUUUCUUUACAAAAGUGUGCACGGGUAGAGUAGUCGAGCAUUUGAGUGUGUGCCCCGUGGUUGAACUUUUCUAGUUUGUAAACUAGUUUUUUUUUCAGUUGAAGCCGUGCUUUUCUGGACCCUUGCAACUGAAUGUCGCAAAAAUAUAUAUCAGCAUAUCUGUUGUUGCACCUGUC